CCAUCAAGAUAGAGGAACAUGUUAAGAAACAAGACUCUCAAAGAGCAAACUCAGACCAGACUCAGACCAGACUCAGACCAGACUCAGUCCUGAUUCAGUCCUGAUUCGAUCUUGGUUCGGUCUUGGUUCGGUUCUGGUUCUCGAACAUGUUUCUCAGGGUGCUGCUUCAGUCCCUGUGGUGUUGGGUGGCUUUAAGUGACUGCUCUGAUCACAGAAGGUUUGUGUUCAGCAGUGAAGACUCCAGAUUCUCCGUUCAGACCGACGGCGCGAUCACGGUGAAGAGACAUGUGGUUCUACACGAAGGACACAAGGACUAUUCCGUUCACGCCUGGGACAAAGUCACCACCUCCACCCGAGUGCAGCACCAGGGGCAUCACCAGCACAACUGGGACCACGGGCAUCACCAGGGAAACCACGAGAAGCAUCAUCAACACGGACACCAAACUGAGAGUCCAGCUGUUGCUGUUGUUGCUGUUGAAGAUGCUCCCAGCCCCCACAAGAGAGAAUCUCUGGAAGAGGAUGUGGUCAUUUACUUUCCCAAAGCGACUAAAGGUCUGAAGAGAAGGAAGAGAGACUGGGUGAUCCCUAACAUUAACGUGCCCGAAAAUGACAGAGGACCUUUCCCCAAGAAAGUGUCUCAGAUCCGAUCAUCCGACGACAGAGACCGUGUGAUCUACUACAGCAUCACAGGCCCCGGAGCAAACCUGCCUCCUGUCCACCUCUUCACUAUGGACAAAUACACGGGCAUCCUGUACGUGACCCGGCCCCUGGACCGAGAGGUCCAGUCCCACUACACUUUUGAGGCUCAUGCAGUAGCAGAGGGUGCUGGUCAGGCUGAAACCAUGGAGCUUAAAGUCAUCGUGAUCGAUCAGAAUGACAAUCGCCCCGUUUUCCAUAAAGACACCUACGUGGGCGAAGUGGCCGAGUCUUCACCCCUCAACUUCGAGAUCCUCCAGGUGACGGCCACUGACGCGGAUCAGCCUGGGACUCUGAACGCCGACCUCCGCUACAGAAUCAUCGACCAGGAGCCGAAGUCUCCCGCACCCGACAUGUUCACGAUAAAUUCCAUCACCGGCUUCAUCCGAGUGAACGCACGAGGACUGGACCGAGAGAAAAACCCAAAGUACACUCUGGAGAUUGACGCGGCCGACAUGGUAGGAGAAGGACUCAUCGGGAGAACCAAAGUCAUCUUGACCGUGACCGAUAGCAACGACAAUCCACCGAUCUACACGGAGAGCCAGUUCACAGCCACUCUCCCUGAGAAUAAGGAGGGUGCCUUGGUGGCAAAGAUGUUGGUGACGGAUCAAGAUGAAGCCCACACUUCCACUUGGAACGCCAAAUUCACCAUCGUCGACGGCAACCAGAAUGGGCUCUUCGCCGUGGCAACAGGCGUCAACAAACAGGAGGGCAUCAUCACCACGGCGAAGGGCCUGGACUUCGAGAAGACUCAGAGGCACAAGCUGCUGGUCGCCGUGGAGAACGAGGUGCCCUUCGCCGUCCCUCUGCCCACGUCCACAGCGACGGUCUUCAUCACAGUAACGGACAUAAAUGAGGUGCCCAUCUUUGAGUCGGUCUUAAAGAAAGUCUCCCAACCCGAGGACCUGGCCGUGGACCAGAAAGUGGUCCUGUACACUGCCUACGACCCUGAUACAGCACGCAAUCAGACAGUCAUGUACCGGAUCGUGAGUGAUCCAGCCGGGUGGUUAAACGUGGCCAAAGACACGGGUCUGGUGACGGUGAAGUCGCCGAUGGACAGAGAGAGUUCGUUUGUGAAAGAAGGCGACAUUUACACAGCUCUGAUCGGAGCCUACGAUGAUGACGAGGUGCCGGCCACAGGAACAGGGACUCUGGAGAUUCAACUGAUCAGCGUGAACGACAACGUCCCAUCCAUCAAAGACGGCAGCUUCACGGUGAACAUCACAGACAAAGAUGGACCUGGGUUUGUGAACUGGACCACACAUGUGAACGACACCAACUUGGUCCUGAAUCGUCCAAUCAUCUCCGUGUCUGUGAGUGACGGGGCGUCCGAGCUCCAGCCUCAGGGGGUGCGGGUGCAGCUGGGCUCAAAGUUCAGGGUCAAAUGCUCCGUGGAGCCACAGUACCCGGGAGGCUCCUUCCGGCUCCUCUCUCCCGCCGCGCCCCCCGCUCAGAACCGCACCCUGCCCGCCGUCAAUCACUCCGCCCACUUCCUGUUCUCUGACGCUGACCACGCCCACAAAGGAAACUACACCUGUGUUUACCUCCUGCAGGUGUUUGACCACAACUUCUCCUCUCAGAGCCACACACUCCAGCUCUCUGUGGGAGAGUCAGACUCAGACCUGAUCAUCAGAGUCGUGGUGAUUCUUCUGUUGAAGCUCCUGUACAUCCUCCCAAUGUCCUACUACUACUGCAAGGUCCGGGCCAGAGGCGGCGCUAGAGAGAGGCUCCAGCUGAGAGUGAGACGGGUUCAGAUCUGAGUUGGUCCAGUUUCAGACUGGAUCAUUAACAUCUUUAGCUUCAGCAGCAUUUCAUCUUCCCAAAACAAAAGGGGGAAAUAGUAAAACCAAAUCAGAACCACUUUCAGAACCAAGGAGAACUAGAUUUUCCAACCAUGAAGACUUUAAUGAGUGAAAUUGUAUCGUGUGGCUGUAAAAUAAAAUAUCCUGCUUUCAAUUCAAGAGUUUCAACCAAAGCAACAAAACUGUUGUGUCGUCUCCUCUGAAAAGGAACGUACUGAAACUUUGAUUUGUUUCCUGUUCUACUACAAAUAUGAAUUCCCUCAUUUCAUUGGAUUUGUUUACACUUUGUAUUUUUUUCUAUGUGACCCUUUGAAUUUCUUGUUUCUUUUGUGGUGUAAAGGUCUUUUGUUUGGUAGAUUGUAUUCACUUGUGUUGGAUUUCAAAAUCCUCAGGAGCAGAUUUGAUUGGAUUCACUGACUGUUGUAAAUGCAGUAAUGGUUUAGAAAUGGGUCAGUGACGUGACGUUGGCAUUUUUGUGUCCAGAAGCCACAACUUUUCAUGUUCUCAAUAUAUAAAGGUUUAAAUGGUUUAAAUGUAUUUGUUUUAUUUCACUUGUUACACAUUUAAAUGAAGAAACCAAAUCUGAAAAAAUAUUAAAGGUUUAAAAUAUCAAAAAGUGAUUGGGUGAAACAGGUCACACACAAUCAGUGAGAACUUUAGUUUUUUUCUUUUUUUCUCUGGCGUUAUUUUAAAGCUUUGACAUGAACAUAUAAAAGCAUUUUUAAAAUGAACACAAAAGAACUACUUUUAAUGUCAUUAAUAAAGUUGUGUCCAAAAGUCGA